UGUGGGUUUUAGCCAAGGCUGCAGCGCCCGGCGCCCGAGCGAGCACAGCAGCGGCUUCCUACAGCGCCCGCAAUCGGGCGAUGCUAUUUCCCGAGCCUCCCGGGCGCAGCCUGGGCUCUCGCUCCCCGGCACCGGCCGAGACCGCAAGGCCCCGGAGCCGCCGCGGCUAGAGGAGGAGGCCGGGAGGGGAAGCUGAGCGACCCAGCCUCCCUCCCCCACCCUCGCCCCAUUCACCUCGGCGACCACCUCGCCGGGAGCCUGAUCGUGGAACGCCGAGGCUGGGAUGCGAUUCUCUGCACGCUGCCGAGCGAGCCGGCACCUCAGCUCCUGGGUGGGCUGCGAAGAAAAUGCUGCAAUCUGAGAGCGGCUGACCCCAGUUGGGCAGCGCAGACGGGGUGCUAGAGUGCCGGGGCUCAGGUGUAAGGAGAAGGGGGCGGAUUGUGUUGAAGGGCCGGGGCAGUUGUUUUUCUGGGUACCAGCAGCUCCCGGGCAGCACGUUCCCGGGGCUACCCGGGAGCCAGAUGAAGUGAGGCGGAGGCGCCGCGGGAGAGGCGGGUCUGAAGGUGGCAGGGUGGACACUCCAGGAAGAAGACGGCACUGGGGAGGGCGGCAUGACGCCCCGGGGGCUGGCUGCUUGGCUGGCGGGGAGCAGCCAUCGCGCGACCUGUCCAUGGUGUUGAAGGCGCCCUGCGCCGAGCUCCGCGAGCCCCGCGUGGUGCGCCCUGCCGGGUGCGCCCUCCCCGGCGCAGCCCGCCUCUCGCGCCCGCGAGCUGCCGCCCCGUCGCCGCAAACCCCCGGCCAAGGCUCGUCCGGUAACGCCGUCCGGGUGACCGCACCGUCGGCCCGAGGGGCCGCCUGAAUGGCGAAGCAAGAGGCAGACGACCCGGGAGCUCGCGGGGAAAGGUCGGCCGAGACCGUGCGCCGACUGCGAGCCCGCCUCUGAGCGCAGCGCGCUGGCCAGAAGAAGCAAAGGACCUGCUGGUGGCCAGAGGACAGAGAUUUUUAAAAGACCCGACCCAGAGAGGAAGAACAUUUCUUCUCUCGCAGACCGGAAGGGGGAGAGUGGCUGAGAGGGAGACCCAGGCGGGACGCAGGGCAGGCAGCCCUGGCAUCUGGAGGUUUCCUUCGCGGGCCGGCCGCAUCGCGGGUGUUGCAGUUCAUCCAGUCGUCUAGCGGCUCCUCCUGAUAGACACUCUCCCACCCCCAUCCCCCUCCCAAGAAAGCCAAGCGAGUGGGUCCCAUCGCCCCGCUACACAAAGAAAGCCCAAGGAGCCCCGCCGCAGCCGAGGGCACUCGGUGUUUGGUUUCCGGCCCGAGGGCAGCGUCGCCCGAAGCCCGGCUGAGUGCGGCCGCGGCGGGUUCGGAGCAGUCGCUUCCUGCCGAGCCGGGAGGGGGCGGGAGGCGGCCGUGUCUGGCUCGCCGCCGCCUGAGGCUGCACCUGCUCCGCAGGAUGCGCAGAGGCUUGCCGGAGCCUCUCCGGAUGAGAACUUUUUAGGCUGCCCGCCCGCGUUCCCGCAGUCCCUGGGCUGCGCACCGGCAGCCGGGGGCCGAGGGGGCGCCGCUGCGCGACCCCCUCUCCCGCCCCCUCCCCCUCCUUGGCUCGGCAGCCCGCCCGCCCGCAGCUGUGUUCCGGGCGCGCGGAGGGAAGGCGAGGCUGCGGCGGGUCAUGCCCACGGUGUAGCCGCGAAGCGGAGGCAUGGCUGCCGGAAGGUUCCUGCUCUACACGGGCCUGUCGCUAGCGCUCUGCGCCCUGGGCAUGCUGGCCGUGGCCGUCUGCUCAGACCACUGGUACGAGACGGACGCCAGGAAGCACAGGGACAGGUGCAAGGCCUUCAACACGCGCCGGGUCGACCCUGGCUUCAUUUACAACAAUAACAACAACUUGCCACUCCGGGCCAGCCGCUCGCGCCUGGACCGCUGGGAGGGCACACUCCUCCGGGCCCGGAAUCGCCGGCAGCUCUUCGCCAUGAGCCCCGCCGACGAGUGCAGCCGGCAGUACAACUCCACCAACACUGGCCUCUGGAGGAAGUGCCACCGACAGGGCUUCGACGCGGAGAUCGCGGCCCUGAUUCGGAAAGUAAGUCACUGCACUGGGGACAGAUCAAUGGCGGGAUCAGCUUCUGAAAUCCAAGAGACUUCCAGACCCUUAGGAGGACCAGCUACAGGAGAAAUUGAGAGAUGCACGUACAUCAAAUACCACUACUCCUCAGCCACCAUCCCCAGGAACCUCACCUUCAACAUCACGAAGACCAUCCGCCAGGAUGAGUGGCACGCCCUGCACCUGCGUAGGAUGACGGCCGGCUUCAUGGGCAUGGCGGUGGCCAUCAUCCUCUUCGGCUGGAUCAUCGGCGUGCUGGGCUGCUGCUGGGACCGAGGCCUUAUGCAGUAUGUGGCAGGGCUUCUCUUCCUCAUGGGAGGAACUUUCUGCAUCAUUUCACUGUGCACCUGUGUGGCCGGGAUCAACUUUGAGCUGUCGCGCUACCCACGCUACCUGUAUGGACUCCCCGACGACAUCAGCCAUGGCUACGGAUGGUCCAUGUUCUGUGCUUGGGGGGGCCUGGGCCUCACGCUAAUCUCGGGAUUCUUCUGUACCUUGGCCCCUUCUGUCCAACCUGUCCCGAGGACCAACUGCCCCAAAUCCAGACCCGAGAAUGGGACAGUGUGCUAAAAAAAACAAACCCAUACAUAUAUAUAUAUAUAUAUAUAUAUAUAAAUAUAUAUAUAAUAUACAUAUAUACAACAGAACUCAAUCAAGAUGGUGCCAGUGCCGAGGCAGAGUGGAGCUGGCUUAGGCACCUGCAUCUCGUCGGACUUUGUGUUGCCUCAUCACCGAGAUGGGGAAAGCGUUCCUAUCACGUGGCUCUUCCAUCAGUUCUUAACUUUUGGCUCCGUGGUUUCUUGAAGACAUCACCACUCGAGACAGUCCCGAUUCCCGUCACUCACGAGGAUGGGGUGGUGGGCUGGGAAGGGACGGUGCCCGUGGUCUGGGGCGGCACGGGUGUAGACAAGGAAGCACCCUCCGCUGGGCUGGCAGAAGGGGACGAUACCCCAACACCGAUCAUAUCAGAGGAACGACGCCCUUAGUUCAUAGAAUGGAACCAGAUCUUUGAGGCCAUUUCCAGAAGCAUUUUCUUCUCCUGCUCUUCCCGUCUGAUUUCCUUCCUGGCCGACCAGUGACGCACAAGAAGUGGAAGAGAAAACACACCGAGAAGGGAGUUUUCUCUUUGCUGCCAAACUUCUGGACCAAGUUUCGGAGGUGGGGAGGGGGAGAGCACGACAUGCUGAGGGACAAGGUCCGCCUCGAUGAGAGGACACUUCAGUGGAUGCUCAGAAAACCCAGUCUUACCUUCCAGCUGCCUUACACCCAGUUAAGCAAGAGGCCGCCCUGCCCCGAGCCCCAUCUGCACUCCCCGGGAAGAUCGGAGCCUUGGAGUAACGCUGUAAUGUGUGUGUGUGUGUGUGUGUGUGUGCGCGCGCGUGUGUGCGCAACAACUUCAGGCAGUUUCCUUUUUUUUCUUUUCCCCUUUUUAAAUGGCAAUACUGGGUUAUGACUGUUGUCUGUCAUUUGGAGUGGUUUCAUGGCCCAGGAUGGAGGGCCCAAGACCUAGGAAGCAUCAUGAGGGGUGGGCUUCUAUGGGGGCCAGUUUUGCAGCUUCAGAUCCCUGGAGUGUGUGUGCGUGCGUGCAUGUGCGUGUGUGUGUGUAUGUUUUCUGAGUGUGGGGUUUUAUCAUUUGUGUUGCAUUUUUCUGUUAUUUUUAGUGCACCUGAAAUUCCCAGAGGGCAGAACCAAGGACAAAACCACUGGGCAGAGGACCUGUGGUACUUCACAUCCUAGUUCUGGGAUGCCACAGGAUUUAGUCCUCUAAUUUUGGAAGUUCAAGACACAGCUGGGUACACGAGUCAUGCGCGAAGAGGGGGAACACGGUUCAAGAGGGAGAAGGAAAGUGGCCUCUGUUGCUGUUGGAAAGUCCACAUACCAGACAAGACCUUUCACUUCCCAUCACAGAAGCUGUCCUUUGUCACUGGACAUCCACCCCUUUUGUAGGGUUGACCUCUGUACAGACGAAAGAAAAUGGGUCACCUGCAGAGAGCCGCCAUGUCCCAUGGACUCCAGUUUGUAUGAUAUUGUGUAAAUUCAUGGAGAACUCUUGACGCUUGCCCUCUUCCUUUUCCUCUUGGUAUUCAAGGCCAUGAAUCCCCAAGUGGCCAUCUUGGUGGCUAGCACCCAAACGGAAGUGGUCUCAAUCCAGCCCGGUGUCUCAGGCUCGGUCGAGCGCAUUGGCACUGCGGGGGUUGGCGAGCUAUGGAGUCAGCCAGCGGGUUGUGAAAGCUGGGGGGACAGGAGUCUGCCAGCAAGAGUGGGCAGCAGCAGCUGACCGUCACCUCAGUGACCCCGCGGGGGCCGAGCAGCCCUGGGGAGGCAAAGAGAGAAUUCCCCGAGCCGUCCAGCCGUGGGUCACCCGUGUAGCCGAGAAUUCAGUUGCUUCAUAACUGAAUGUGCUCUGGGAACUUUGCCACCCACUCAGCAGCCUUCCUUCCCAGCCAUGCCCUCUGUUUCAUCUACCUGUCCUCUACCCUGCCUCCCCUCCAGCUCCCCCCUUUUCUCACCUGUGAACCAUUUCCCUUCUCCCUCUUCCAUCCACCAGGCUCCAAGUCCCGCCUCUCUCCUUAUCUGCUCUUUUUGACUGUGUGUGUGUGUGUAAUUCACAACCACAUAGGACAUCUGAUGUGCGUGGAUGGGUCUGAGUGUGGGGCUCUGUGUGUGUGUAUCUCUCUGGUGCAUUUUGUGUACAUUUGUGUCAGUAUGUACCUGGACGCAGGUGUGGGUGUGUACUACCCAAGACUUCCUUGCUGGCGACACGGAUUAGCUUCUGCAAAUAGGCUCACGUGUGAGUGAGUGCCCUGUGCGUGGGGAGCUAGGAGACGACGGGGCAGGAAAUGCUGUUAGCUCCUAAUUGCACUUCUAAGGAUGGUUUUUAAAACAAAGGAUGUAUUCUGUGAGAAGGGAGAUAAUUUUCAGGAAAACCCAGUGUUUCAAUUGUACAGGGAAUUAAAAAAAUAAUAAUUUGCUUUGAAAAGUUAGAUUUCCCACUUCAGGGGAAGGGCAUACUUGGGCUUGAGGAAAAGUGAGAAGUAUCUCAGAUUGUGUCUUCCUUCCAUGUUGACUGGGCUCCGCCUAGCAGGGAGAGCUGGGCGUCCACCAGCAUCUGUUUGGGGCGGGAGGCUUGUCUGUGACCACAUCCAAAUUUCAGCUGUUUCCCAAUUGUAGGAAAAUGCGGAAAGAAAUUCCAAAUGGGGCAAUUUGUAAUCAAUCAUUUAAACUUUUCCUAAGGAACCAGUACUGUUCACCAACCUGUAAUUUAUACCCUCUUUUUUAAUCCCAUGCUUGCCAUAAAUAGAUCAUCCACUCUCUCCAACUACUAAUCUUCAUCAUAGACCUUCAUCACAGAUAGCUGCAUCCCUUUGAAAUGUUCCUAAAUGCUAGGAGGACCCCUAGGAAAGAAGCAAACCACCUGGGCCCAACUCACCAUCAGCAGAGCAGGAGCUUAGAGCCGCUUUCUUUGGUAAUGGGGCCAGAGAUGUACAGACACGCACACUCUGGGUCUGACCCUGCUCGGGGCCAAUAAGAGCCCAGCCACGUGGCCAGGACGGAAGCCCUGUACAGAUGGCAAGUGGGAGAACUGCUCUGGUCACCUUGAUCCCUCCGGCCUAGGGACUUGACCGCAGAUGAAGACGUGUCACUCCAAGCUGUCACUGAAGCUUUCGUGCUGUGAGGGCUGAGGAAGAAAAGGCAGAGAGGGAGGAGAAAGAAGGAGGAGGCUCAACCUUCGGGACUCUUUACAUCAGACUCUGCUAACCCCAGAUCCGAGUAGAACCCAGCCUUCCGACGGGAUUUAGGGUCCACGGCCUCACCCACCAGCCCCCACCCCGGGUCAAGUUCAAAUUCCCUACAGGUGUGCAGGCGAGGCCUGUGACCGUGUAUGUGUUUUGAGCUCCGUGAAAGUCGACCUUGAGCACGGGCCCUUUUAUUUCCUUCCCUGCCCUAGGACCCUGGGGAUUCAGGAAAGUGGGGUGUCUGCCUUAGAAAGAGGUCCUAUUUCUUCCCCCAUUUGGAGAGUUUUGGUUUCUUCUUCUGAUUUCUGUUCCUUUCUGUGCACUCACUUCCACCUUCUCCCUGCAUCAACUACGACCCAUUAAAAUAGUUAAGGAACCUGUCUCUAGAGACGCUCAUCCACUCCAAGCAGCCCCCUUCCUUGUUCGUUGUGGCUGUAGGUUUCAUAAGCAGUUCUGUGACUCCCUGCCAUCAAAGCGUAAACCAACUUCAGAUGUGCCUGUUCCAGCUUCAAUCCUCCUCCAAGUCCCAGCCUUUCAACGAUAACACCCUUUCGAUUUCAGGGAUCACAAGGUCACAAACACUGGACAACUCCACCAAAUCAAGACAAAGCCUCCCUCAAUCACACGUCCCUGUGCGGCACCCUGGGCCCUGGCGCCAUCUGGGGAUGUUCUCUUGUUGGGAGUGAGUGGUUUCACCUCGCAAUGCUUGCCUUUCUUUCGAUAAGGGAAGAAGAUGUCCUGAGACUCUUCCGUCGGUGCCCCACGUCUUAGUGUUCAUCCACUGUCACCAUGAGAGGUCUGAAAUGAAAGAACCACGUGCAGUUGUCCUGCUUUAAUGGGAGGAUGUGCUGCUUACGUCUCCAAAGCUGCCCACCUGAGUCGGAGGCGUUUAGAAUUGACUCUGUCUUCACCUGGCUUAUUCUGAGAGCAUUAACGAACUGAUUUUCAAGUAUCGUGGGGGAAGGAGUGGGAAGAAGUACACUCUGGUCAUCUUGGGUGUGAUGCGUGUGGGAUGUUUGCUUGAUUCUUGUAGCUAAAGGGAAGCUGCUCUUCUGGAAAGGUCCCCUCUGCUCUAGGGACGAACCUUUCCCGUGGACAUAUCCAGCCCUUUCCAGGGAAAGGUGAUGAGUCACGGAGUGAUUUCACCACAGAUAGAAAUAGUUCGUGCAUUAACGGCCGGGUUGGCUUCUGUGCUGUCUUCCAGCUGUUAUACAAUAGGGUAAGGGGACAGAUUUUUAAACAAGACCCCCUGAGUUGAUGGUCACAAAAGUUUCUGGUUUCCCUCAACGUGGUCACCUUGGUGGGCUGGGUUUUCCCUCUUUUCAUCAAUGUCUCCAUGGUGCAAAAUAUUUCUUAAACAUUAUGGUUAGUUCUUAGACUGCAUUAUUAUUGGCUAUUUGAUUUUUUUUCCUGAAUAAUACAUGUUCAUUGUAGAAAACUAGAAAAAUAAAAUACAAAAGAAAAAAAACCUUAGAAGAUUGUUCAUAAUCCCAUGGCUCUGGGCAUCACAACGAUCAUAGCCCCAACACUUCAUCAGUGGUUGUCUCUGGGUUGGCAGUUGGGGCCAGGGGUGCAGCCCAUGACCACAGAACUACAUUGGUCUGCGUGGAGUCGACCCCAUGUUCAUGGCAGUGAGAGCACAGAGCCCUGAGCCCCCAGAGGUAGCAAACAGCCCUUUGAAGAGGCCAGAGCUUAGGGGCAGGGUGGAACAGAGCUAAAAGAUUCCAACUUUGGGAUUUCUUUCCUUUUUCUGUUUCUCCUUCCUUCCUUCCUUCCUUCCUUCCUUCCUUCCUUCCUUCUUUCCUUCCUUCCUCUCUUUUUUUUUUUGAGUGCCAUCUCAGUCUAAUGAUAGGUGUGAGAGCACUGAAGCCAGAGUAACUCACUAAUUCAGCUACACCUGUAUAAUGCAAUUACCGUACAUUUCAUUUCAGCUCUGCACUAAAAUGAUUUGUGACUCUGGGCACUGUGUAUUCUCCAUACUUGAACUUCCUCAUCCACAAAAUGAGGAUAGAGAUAACACUUUACCUCAUGGUAUAUUAAGGGUGACAAAGAAAUUGCAAAGUGAUUUGCAAACAUGAAGCGUCGUAUGAAUUAUGCGCUGUUCAAAUCCUCCUGCAGCGGCCGAGCCCCCACCGAAUGGAAUUUUUCCACGUGAUUUCUCAGUCUCACCGCGGAAAGCAUAAUCUAGAAACGAGGGGUCAUCUUGGCCACUGAACAGGACUGUCCUCUCCAACUUAGGCACAUAGAUUUUAUUUGAUCAUCCAGGUUCCUCAGAGAAGUCGGCUCCUUAAUUUACCCAUCCCCAGCCUUCCUUCCUUAUGUCCAAGGCCAGUGCAAGAGCACUCUUAAUCGUCUUUAUUAUUCCCAGAGGUGAUGGAAUAAGUAAACCAUAUGUGGCAAAUGGCAUAAGUGAGCUAAAACAGUUAACUGUUAAGGCACAGAGUCGAGGCCUCAGUUAUUUACUGUUUUACCAUUCUCCUCACGUCGUUUCUAGCCGUCCGUGCCCAAGUGGUGGGGCAAGUCAGAUUCUGAAGCAUUUUAAUGGUCUUAUAAGUUUACGAUGGGAACGAGCUUCAAGGAACUGGGAUCUUCUUUCCCUUGGCCGUUGGUGAAGCGGAUGGCUUCAUCAAAAGCACGUGGGUUCUUAUAGGAAGGCCUUUGGAGGGUGCAUUCACUAGGAGUUGUUCUGGGCAUGAUCCUGUUUGGGAAAAGCUGGAUUCUAGGUUCUAAACAAGACAAGAAAGCACUUCCCGAAGGGUCUGCACGCUUUCCACUUUGCAGUGGAUCAGCUUAAGUGGUAUGGAGAGACCUUCUCUAAGGGAAAUCCAGGUCACUACUCCCGGUAUGGUUGGAGCCCAGCCAGGGAUGGGGCAACCACCCAACCGCAGAGGAUGGUGGUUCACUGUUGAAAAACAGAAAACUGGGUGUAAGUUACACAGCAGUAACUCAAACCUGGCCUCGCUCUGACAGACAGCAACCUCAGCCAUUGCAGCUCUCUUCACUUCCAAGGACCGGGUGUCUGUUCCUGGAGGAACUCCGUGUCCCGCUGUCCUCUCCUGGCUACGUAUUUCCCUUCCUUUCCGGGUCGCCCGUAGACCCUUUCUAGGCUGAACGUGUGUGUGUGUCUGUGUCGCUGUGACUGUAAUGAUGUCUUUCACAUGAAGAGCUUUCACCGACUCCAUCUCCUCCUUUCCCCUUUCCACCCAUGGUGUGACUGUUUUGCCAGUCAAGACUAUCUGUAAAAAUGUACAAAUAAAAGUGGAAACUGAAAAUAAGGGGGAGGGAAUUGAGACUAAACAAAUGCAUUGCUGUAGCCCUCGGUUUUCUGAGGACUUACGUGGACUGCCCUAAAAUCCCAACUCUGGGUGGGAUUUGAAGGGAGGGAGGCCACUGGCGCAGGAAUUUUGUUGGGUUUUUCUUUCUGGUUGUUUCUCUGACAGUCAACGAGUGUCUGCUUGGAACUCUCUUUUCUGAAGGUUUGGGCCUUUAAAGUAUAUUUUCCAAAAAGUAAAAGCAAGUCAUCCAAGUGUGAAGGGUGAAGGUCAUCGUGAAGGUCAACACAGAGACCCGAUCUGGGGGCGGUAGUAAUAAGCUUUGUCACCGGCUCACUCGGGGCCUUGGGCGAAUGUGGUUACCUCACCAGGUCUCUGCGUCCUCUCAGCCAGACGGGGCUGGGGGCUCCUGGGGCUCCCAGUCUCCUUGGCCAUUCUGCUGCUACUUUGGGAGAGGCUUCAAGCCCGUGCUGGUACGUGUUUACUGCAGGAGGUGCGUUCGGAGAGUCCCUCCUGGCUGCUCUCGCCCCACGCUUUCACUCCUCGGAAAGUAACCUCAAGCUAACAGCCAUUCUGUGCUCGGAGUCCAAAGCCUUUUAUCUACCUUUUCAUUCUCGGAUGCCUUUCCACCCACUUUGAUGAUGUCAUUUUACUGUGGUUACGGACAGAGCUUUGCUGUGCUGGGGUAGGAGGUAGAGUUUCAAAGGAGAUGAUGUAUGUGAAUUGCUUUGGAAUCUGUGACUUACUCUGCCACCCCAGCUUGUACUAUCAGAAGCAGGGAGUCUGGCCCAGGGAUGCGACCGAAUCAGAAUGAAGAAAGCCUUGGUGGGGUGUGGGGGUAGAUGCAGUCGAGGUAAGGUAAAGAAAGCUUUCGGAAAGGGAAGUGGCAGAAUCACAGGGCAUCCUCAGCAUGGCAGCAGAGAAGGAUCCCCAAAAGGCGGGGCACCCAGAAGAGGAAGUAGAAAAGAGAAACGGGGGCAGGUAAUCCUAUAGCACAAGGAGCUGCCUCCCCACAGGAUAGAGAAGACUAGCUGCUCCAGGGGCAGAUUCACACCAAGCUUGGCCAGUGACCUAAGCCCUCCUCCUUCAUGGCACCUUCAAUCCAAACCUUUCUCCUCUCUGAUGGUACACAGUGAUCAUCUCUAGGGUCAGCUUCAGGAAGGCAAUUCAGAACAGUGCUGUCCAGUAGAUACAAUGCAAGCCACAUAUGCAAUUUUAAAUAUCCUAGUAGCCCCCUUUUUAAAAGUCCAAAGAAAUAGGUGAGAUUAAUUGUAAUACCUAUUUUGACCCAACAUAUCAAAAAUAUUAUCAUUUCAACAUAGAACCAGUAUAAAAAUUACUGAGCUACUUACGUUCUUUUUUUUUUUUUUUCCAAAUGAAAUCUUCGAAGUCCAAUGUGAAUUUUACUCUCAGAAAACACCUCAGUUUGGACCAGCCACAUUUCCAGCGUUCAGUAACCACACGCGGCCACUGGCUGACGUGUAGGACAGCAAAGAUUUAGUCUCUUCAUUAGGGGAUGGAAUGGAAUCACCCUUACCUGUGAGUCACACAGAUCUCACGGCAGGCAGAUGCUGGAGGUCGGUGUUGGCCCCGAGUAAAAAACACAGGAGCAAUGUCCAGGCUGCCAUCCUGGCGUCUGGAAGUUGCUCUCCUGCUUAGAGGAGAGGACCGCUACUUGUCAAAUACAUAGCACAUCUGCCCCAGAGGGUCAGUGCUGCCCCUGGGCAUGGCCCCGAUGACCUGUCAAAGUUCUAGAGGCCAAAGCAAGUCACUUUCUUCAGCUGUAGGAACACCAGCUUAUCCCUUAUCCAGACGUCCUUUAUCUUAGGAUGGAAAGGGGCGGACGGACCUUCUCUUCGUCAAGAAUAAAGAUCUACACAACUUCUCGUCCCCUGGUCCAGUCACCUGCUAAUAGCAUCUCACCAAUAUUUGGAGCUGUUUUCUCAAUCCCUUACUUAAAUGCUAAAAGGGGCUAUGCUGUAAAGAGCAGUGGCCACAGGCAGACUGGGUCUCCUAGGAGGUGGCAGUGACAAGCUCUGUCCCUUACACUAGGACUCAGUCCACUAUUGCCCACCACUCCUUCCUGCCCCAAGGCUUUCCUUAGAUUUGAAGAAACCUCUUUCAGCGGGGCAGGGACAGAAGCAGGGUGGAGACAAGAAGUGAGGUCUUAGUGCAGAGAACAGAAUAAAAUGCAAGCAAACAACCCCUGGGCAUUCUCAAAGCAUUUCAAAGAGCCAAUAUGACAAGGUUGGAUUCAUUUAAAAUAUUGCAUUCUGAGCCCUGUGUUACGGAGCAAAAGAGAAUGAGCUGAUUUGGUGAGUACAUUUUAUAUAUGGUCAUUAGACAGGGGCUGUAGCCGUAAAAACUCAGUUUAUGGUCCACCAGAUUAUUAUUGCUCAGUCAAUAUAAAUUGAUUUACCUUUAAUUUGCAUAGUGCGUUCUGAUUGGUUAGACAAGGAGUGAUGUGUACUGCAGGGUUCCAACACCGCCUCUGCCCUGAGGGGUAGCAAUUCCUGUGGUUAUUGGUGCUAAAAUAAGAUUAAAUGUUAUGUUAAUUUGUUCUGAUACGAUGUGAAUAAAUGUGUUGUUUAAUCUUAACAAGAAUGCUACAUCUUAUCAGAUCUAUUGUACUGUCUGUUCCUUCUCAUAGUUAAUUACAGGAAAGGUGAUCCAAACCAGAUCUUGAAACUAUUGUGCUAUUCUGAGAGGUGAAUUUAACAGGGAAGUGGGAGGGGGGGAUGAAAAGGGAAAUUGCCAGGUUCCUGUGACUUUGCAAGGACUGAGGAAGCAGAGAGCAUUUGGGGGCUUCACUGACACUGACUGCAUCUUGCAAUUUUCUUUUUCAAAUUGGCAGAAAUAUUGUAUUUCCAUCGAUUGAAGAAAUAAAGUGUCUGGUAAUUAAAUGACUUGUUCAUGGAAAAAAUAAAAAUAAAUAAUCUGUCAGUUGUGGAAUGUAAACUGAUUAAAAAUUAAAUAAAGAAGAUCAUGUUGUGUGUUUUAA